AAGGAGUCUUUUUGAACUCAGAAAUAUGUAAAUAAAACAGCCCAUUUUUGUACUGUGAUUGCUCGAGAAAUCCCUAUACAAAAACUAUUGAUUUGUUAUUUUUCAUAGGAUAGUUCAAUGGUUGAUCUUGCUAGUGCAAAGGCUAGAUCAACAAGGUGCUUCAUUGUAUCCUAUGGCAUUUUAGGAGCAAUUGCAGUUGUUGUGUUUGUUACAUGGCAAGUCCUCAUUGUAGCCAUUAUUGCUUUGGUAGCUGUAAAAUACAUGCAGGAGUAUUAUCUAGCUUCAGCAAGGCAGCUAAUAAGAAUAAACGGGACAACAAAGGCUCCUGUUAUGAAUUAUGCAGCCGAGACAUCUCUAGGAGUGAUUACUAUAAGAGCUUUCAACACGACAGACAGGUUCUUCCAAAGCUACCUAAAGAUUGUUGAUACAGACGCUGCACUUUUCUUUCUUUGUAAUGCAUCCUUGGAAUGGCAUGUACUAAGGAUAGAGGCACUUCAAAAUCUUACUGUAUUUACUUCUGCACUUCUCCUCCUUCUGUUUCCUAAAGCCUAUGUUGCUCCAGGGCUUGCGGGGCUUUCACUCUCUUAUGCCUUGUCAAUAACAAGUACUCAAGUUUUCACCUCAAGAUGGUAUUGCAACUUAUCAAACUACAUUAUUUCAGUUGAAAGGAUAAAACAGUUCAUGCACAUCCCAGAAGAGCCUCCAGCGAUUAUAGAGGAAAACAGGCCACCAUCUUCAUGGCCCUAUAAGGGGAGGAAUGAGCUGCAAAAGCUGAAGAUAAGAUAUCGUCCAAAUUCCCCACCAGUUCUCAAAGGGAUCACUUGCAUGUUCCAAGAAAGGACUAGAGUUGGAGUUGUGGGAAGAACAGGAAGUGGCAAAUCAACACUAAUAAAUCUUAGAAUGAAACUCAGCAUCAUCCCUCAAGAGCAGACUUUGUUCAGAGGUAGCAUCCGCACCAACUUAGACCCCUUAGGCCUUUAUACUGAUGAUGAAAUAUGGAAGGCUUUGGAGAAAUGCCAGCUAAGUAAUCUACCAAACAAGCUUGAUUCAUCCAUGAGCGAUGAAGGUGAGAAUUGGAGCAUGGGACAGCGACGGCUAUUCUGCCUUGGAAGAGUGCUACUUAAGAGAAACAAAAUACUAGUCUUGGAUGAAGCCAUAGCUUCCAUUGACUCUGCUAGAGAUGGCAUCCUGCAACGUAUCAUCAGAGAGGAAUUCUUAGAGUGCAUAGUGAUAACAGUAGCUCAUAGAGUUCCAACUGUUCUAGACAGUGACAUGGUCAUGGUCCUUUCCUAUGGAGAAUUAGUUGAGUAUGAUGAGCCUUCAAAGCUUAUGGAAACAAACUCAUCCUUUUCUAGGCUUGUAGCUGAAUAUUAGUCAAGUUGCAAAAGAAAACAAAAUUCCUCCAAGAUAUGGAAUUAUUAUAAAAUGUAGUAAAUAAAUUUGUAGAGACUUGUAACCUGUGCUUCUGGAAUCAAUUGCCCAUUCAAGU